AUGAGGGCUCGCCUGGUCUUGGUUUUCGCGGCCCACCAUGUUCACAGAAGGUUGUGCAAUACGCGUUCCGCGCAGCGCUUCAUCCAUUCUCGGUUGCCGCCGCCGUUGCCGCUGUUGAUCCAGCCGUAUGUGUUCUUCCACUCCGUCUUUGUCUUUCUCCUGUGCGAGUCCCUAGUACGCGUCUGGGACUUGAUGCAGGCAAGCAACUGGCUGGACCCAUCAAGCUUCCGCUGUGGGACUCGGCGAUUGGAAGAGAGAGCGAUCUUGAGCCCCUUGCGAUGGAUGGCGCUUGCAUGCCCGCUGGUCACGAUUGUAACCUCUUUGGUGACAUUAAGCCACUUGUGGCGCCACCACGUUGCUAAUGAACGAACCUUUGACAAAAGUCUGCGCUGGUAUCCUUCUCACUCGCAUGACCUAGCCAUGCAAGUGGCCACCAUGCCGCUGAUUUAUGGUGUCUUUGCUCUGGACUGCGUGAUUCAGAUGCUCUUGCUGCUGACGGGAAGCGUUUUCCGAGAGUUCAAGGGUGUCUCCAGGGAACAACUCCGGCACCUUACUGAGGAGCGCUAUGGGACGAAUUUGGAGUUGGCGGAUUUGUACGAAGCCUGGGCUUUGUACAACUUUGGGCGUUUGUGUCUGAUGCGUGUACGGCGGCAGAUCCGUCAGGAGAUCCCGCUGCUGCGGCGUAGCUUGAGCUCUUUGCCGGAGAGCGAGCAGAGCAGUGUGCAGAGCAGGCUUUUGAUCUUUCGGGACCCGGAAAGGUUCCUCUUUAGGCCUUUGGAGGUGACAACAGGGAUCGGGGUGAAGAUUUUCGUCUACACCUGUGCCGUGAAAUCUCUCUUCGCCCUCACAAUCACCUUCUUUGCGGAUGCACCUUUCCACAUCAACUUGAGCAAGACACUUCCAUGGGCAUUGCAGCUGUUGCCUCACAUGGAUGGCGCAGCGUUCAUGACCUCCACCAUUGCGAUCCUGUCUCUGAUAGCCAUUGAGCACGGCUUCCAUGAGAUCCUUCAGCUUCAGGGCUUCGCUCCGGUGCUCAAGUUCCUCGGGGUCAAGGCCUUGGUGAGCAUCACGUGCUUGCAGACCUUGGUGAUGGGAGUGGUGAUGCAGCGUGGGAUCAUGCGAUCCGAGGAGGCGAGCCUUUGCUACGCGUGUUUGCUCUGCUUCGAGGUCCUUCCCUUGGCCUUGCUGACGGCGGAAGCUUGGAAGCCCAGAUAUGUUGGCGACUGGUACGAUGCCGACUGUGGCUGGGGAGAGGGAAGCUUGAACCACCUGGGACGCCUGGCUGGGGAAGGCGACUGGGCUGAGUCCUAUGCCGUGCUACCUGGCGCCCGCCUCUCUGCCGGGACACGGGCCUCCUUCAUCCGCCAGGAGGACUCCAAAGUCGAAGAGAUCGGGUCCUCGGAGCUCGUGCGCUGGAACUCCUUCUGCGAACUGAAGCGAGUGUGGUAA